AUGGACUACUUCAGCUCUCAGUACGACGACUAUCGGCUUGAGGGAGCCAUUGGAUUCGGAGCGGCGUCCAUCGUUUACGCUGCUGUCCAUCUCCGUUCUGCUCCCCUCGACGAACACCGCAGUCUUUCCCGACAACAGUCGCUCUGCGCCAUCAAGAUAUCCAGUCGGCAUCCUGAUCUAGAACAAUGGCUGGAAGAGAUCCGGAUUCUUAGCUCCUGCAGGCACCCAAACGUUCUCCAGAUUCAUGCGGCUUUCAGUCUACCGCCCGACCACGCCAAGGUCGCCAUCGUCACCCCAUACAUCGCCGGUGGCUCCCUCUGGAGCUUGAUGGCAUGGCGAGCGGGUCUCCCGUCCGCUGAUCAGCCGACCGGGCUGUUCCGAGCCCUAUCCAGGCGAGACACAGCAGGCGCGGUCUCGUCGAGCUCAAGGGGCAGACUCGACGAGGAAGAGGUCAAAGCUGUGCUCAAGCAGGUACUAAGCGGCUUGAGGUACCUACACGGACAGGGGAUUGUUCACCGGGACGUCAAGGCUGGUAAUAUCCUGGUUGAUGCGGAUGGGACGGUCCUGCUAGCCGAUCUGGGAGUCGGAACGCGAAUCAGUCAGGACAAAGGGUCACCCGUCGGCCUGGCAGGUAGUCCUUGCUGGAUGGCUCCAGAAGUUAUCAUCGGUAGCGCUUGGAACCAGAACCCCGAUAUCUGGAGUCUGGGGAUCACACUCAUCGAGCUAUCGACAGGCUCAGCCCCGCAUUCGCAUCUCCCGCCAGCGAAGGUUCUUACCCAAAUUGUGAUAAGCGCAGCUCCUGCCUUAUCUUCGUCCGCCGACACCAGCAGGCUCUACCAGUCCUUCUUGAGCAGCUGUCUCGUCAAGGACCCCAGAGAACGGUGGGACGCGACUCAGCUGGAGCAGCACGCCUUUCUGCGAAAUGCUAGGAAACCUGCGUGGCUCGCCGAGGCGUUGUUGAAGGGCGUCCCAUCCUUAGUACACCGGCAAGAGAUCCGUCGUAAGCCAUCCUCCCAGUCACUUGUUAGCCUCGCUUCAUCCUGGGACUUCAAUGCCACUCCUCGCGGCUCGGCGUUUCCAUCCCCUGUCACCAAACCCCAUCGCCUCCCUCGUUCUCCGUCAGCAUCAACAUCGCUGUCUGAGCGAUCUCAACUAUUCACGGUCCCGCGCCGACGAAGGAGGUCACCAUCCAGGUCGUCUAUCGGCUACUCGGUCCCCCCGUCGCCUGACGCCUCGCUUUCGGUAUCCCGCGCAAGCUGGGCUGUGGCAGAUGAACCUGGAGGCGGCAUGGAAGGGAUGAGAGCCAGGAGCACGCCGGGGCGAAAGCGGACAACCAGCCUGACUGCUUCCCCGAGGCGCUCAAUGCGGGGCGGACGUUUGCCGUUGCCGACAUCAUAUCUCUCCAACCACCAACAACGUCCCGGAGAUGACCCCUUCAAUUUGCCGCCGGCCGACCUCGACAUGAGUCUGGCAAUGUCGAUACCCAUGGCGCCAUCUAUCAGCUCCAUUUCGGCAGACACCGAUCCCCGACCUGUCACUCCGCCUCCAGCCAGAGACGCCAAGCCAGACGUGAUAGUCCAAGCGGUCGCCAUGUCCUCGUCACCCGAGAAGGAGCGGAAGGGGUUGUUUCGGAGGAGAUGGAGCGUCAAGGGCGGGAAGGACGAGGACGAGUCACGGAUCGUGCGGACGCUGAGAGGUAUUCGGGGCCGAUAG